AUGCUGCUAUUUCCCACGAUCCUUACCGCCGCUCUUGCGGCCACCGGCAUGGCGGCUGCUAUCCCUAGCCGUGACGACACCACGGCCAACAAAGGCACCGCUUCACUGCUGCAAGUCCGCAAUCCGAGCUUCGAGUUCAGGCAUGGCCCCCUUGCGUUGGCCAAAGCAUACCAGAAGUUUGGCGCCCCGAUGCCGGAGGAUCUCAGAGCCGCCAUCGCUAGGUUCCGCCAAAACCAGAAGCGAACGACUGGCACCAUUGCAACGGAUCCUGAGAAGCACGACGUCGAGUACCUAACGCCCAUUUCCGUUGGUACCCCAUCGCAGGAUCUCAUGGUUGAUUUCGACACAGGGUCUAGCGACCUCUGGGUCUUCAGCACGGAGAUGUCCACGAGUGACAUUAAAGGCCAAACUGUGUAUGAUCCGAACAACAGCUCCACAUCCGAGAAGGUCCAGGGAUCGACUUGGAAGAUCACUUACGGUGACGGCAGCUCGUCGAGCGACGACGUCUACCUCGACACGGUCACGAUUGGCAACUUGACUGUCCCUAACCAAGCCGUGGAGGCGGCCAAGAAGGUUUCAUCCGAGUUCACCGACGACUCACACAAUGAUGGCUUGUUGGGUUUGGGCUUUAGUGCUAUCAACGCAGUUGAGCCUACCCCACAGAACACAUUCUUCGACAACAUUAAGGGCAGCCUUGACGCUCCUUUGUUUACCGUCGAUCUGAAACAUGGGACCCCGGGCAGCUUCAAUUUCGGCUACAUUGAUCCCACAGCAUAUAUCGGCAACAUCUCUUGGACGCCGGUUGACAGUAGCCAGGGCUAUUGGGGUUUCACCUCCCCAGGAUAUGCGGUUGGCACUGGAGCGUUCCGUAAUCACUCAAUGAGUGGUAUUGCGGACACCGGGACUACGCUACUGCUUCUGCCCAAGUCCGUCGUCAGUGCAUACUAUAAGGAGAUCCAGGGCGCCCAGUAUGACAGUGAUCAGGGCGGUUAUAUUUUCCCUUGCAGCCCUACUCCACCUGACUUUGUCUUUGGCGUCAACAACGGCAUUGUUACUGUUCCAGGAGACAUGGUCUCUUAUGCACCAGCUGAUAGUGCCAACCAGAACUGUUUUGGUGGCAUUCAGAAGGAUACAGGUAUCGGUUUUUCGAUUUUCGGCGAUGUCGCGCUUAAGACCAGCUUUGUCCAUUUACAUAGCAGUAUAGUUCCCGGCCACUAUGCCGAUUGCGACAUGCGAUUUAACCGAAUGCUACGAAGCUAUUUGGUGGACUUCUCGUCUUCUGGUCCGUUAUAG